AAACAUAGGGUGGUGAUUGUGGCAUCAUCCCUUUCAUUCUCCAAGAAACGAGAAAGAAGAAAACAAAAAGCUUCUGAAAACCAAACAGCAAACACAACCACAACACCGCAUAAACCAAUAAAAAUGCGGGCACACGUUUUGUCCCUCUCCGCCAACACCGCUUUACUCCGCCAAGCUCUUCCCGUUUUGGUUCGACCUCACAACAAAUCCACCCUUCUCCUCCGAACCACCGCUCCUAAUUGCAUCUCUUUCCUCAGAUCCACUUCACAAACUACUCCUUUUCGCCAUAUUUUGUCUACUCCUAAACAUCACGAUAUACUACUAUCCACCACCACUUCUCUUCGCAACUUUACUUCACGCGCCACUCAUGUCAACGACGCUGGUUCCUUCGAUUUGCCUCUCAUUCAGUCUAUGCAGAAUAAGAUAAAGGAACAACUCAAUGCAGAAUCAGUUUCGGUAAAGGAUGCUUAUGGUGACGGACGACAUGUAAGCAUUGAUGUUAUCUCUACAGCCUUCGAGGGACAAUCAGCUGUGAAUAGGCAAAGGAUGGUCUAUAAAGCCAUAUGGGAGGAGCUUCAGAGUGCAGUUCACGCUGUUGACCAGAUGACGACCCAAACUCCUGCUGAAGCAGCCGGGAAAUGAUAAAAGAUCACGAGAACAUUACAGACAAUAAACUAGGAGUGAUUGUGAUCUAAAUAGAUGUUUGUACUGCUGUUGUCUUGGAAUGAAUUUCUAUUGCAUUGUGUUAACAUGGAAAUGCAAGACAUCAGUUUUCUAAUUCACUCUCUGGGAGUUGCUAAAUUCAUUAAAUUGCUUAACAAGACACCUGGCAAUUUAAUUGAUCAAACAUAUGCAGCAAUGUUCCGCUGGUUAUUUA